AAUUCUGUGUAGUGUUAGAUCUAUGGCCGACGUGUACUAACUUUGAUCACCGGUGACGGGAUAGGCGUUUUAUCUUGCGAAGUUCUGCUUGGUCGUAAUAUUUUUCUUUAUCUUCAUCACCAUAAUCUUCUUGCCCUAUCGCUCCAACAGUUAGACGAAUAUCACAGCAAUGUCGAAGCCAGAUCAACUCCUAACGAUCAAACCACCCACGGAACUCCGUUUCCGAGGUCCAUUUACCGAUGUUGUCACAUCUGAGCUGACUCUCUCAAAUCCUUCUGAUAAAAUCCUCUGUUUCAAAAUCAAAACAACAGCUCCAAGGAGGUACUGUGUGAGGCCAAACAGUGGAGUAAUGGUCCCCAAUCAAAAUGUCACUGUUUCAGUAAUGUUACAACCAUUUGAUUUUGAUCCAAAUGAGAAGAACAAGCACAAAUUCAUGGUGCAAUCCAUCAUCAUACCAAAGGCAGAUAUCGACUUGGAAGCAGUGUGGAAAGCAUCAGAUAUAGCAACAGUAAUGGACACAAAACUCAAGUGUGUUUUUGAAUGGCCAGCAAACCAAGCUCCUGCACCAGUGUCACAAGAAAAGGCUGAAGCAGCUGCACCAGAGAACAAACCCAUCAAAUCUACUGCUCCCCAAGCUGGAGAGGAGAAAUUAGAGAUGAGGGAUUUAGAUACAGUGGUACAAGAAUGCAAGCAACUCAGGAGAGAAGUUGGCAGCUUACGGGCAGAAAACACACAACUAAGGACGGACGGCGUGAGGCAACGGAGAGUUGAGGGCGGCCAACCAAUGAAAACAGUAUCACCCACAGUCACAGAGACGAAACCCAUGCUGCCUUCCACAAUGAUCAUCCUGGCAAUUUUCAUCUUGGGUUUUCUUAUUGGUAAAUAUCUCUUCUGAGACAGGUCAUAGGUCAUCCAUAGAGGUGGAUGAAAUAAGCUAGAGUGCUGACUCGUAAUAGCGCACACGGAGCUGCGCUGUGCCGACCAUGUAAACCGGCCGCCAUCACCAGACCGGGCAACUGUACCUGCCUGGUCGCAUCAUGUAGUACACAGCUGGUAGUCAUAUUUUCAAGGAUUCUGAACAUUGUCUUUAGAAUCUGAUUUUUACUGCUAUUUCCCCUAUUUUUGAGGGUGCUGAACACGAAUAUGUAUUUUACCAAAUAUAUAAAUGACGUCUUCGGUCGUUGCCAUGGCAACAGAUUAACUUAUCAAAAAUCACAUAUAUUUCCCUAUGAUGGUAGAUAAACAUGGUAUAAAUGCCCCAAUCUUUCAGUUUUUUUUCCAAUUUAAUAAAAAAUAAUACUUCUAUAUUUUAUAUUUGGUAACAAGCAUAUUCGUGUUCAGCACUCUCGAAUAGGGGAAGUAGAACAAAAAAUCAGAUUUUUAUAUUUUUUAAGAAUCCUUGAAAAUUAUGACUGGGAGCUGUGUACUAUAUGAUGUGACCGGGCAGGUACAGUUGCCCGGUUUGGUAAUGGCGGACGAUCUCCAGGGUCGGCGCGCGAUUUGUCAGCGCUCUAGCUUAUUUUAUCCACCUCUAUGAGGUCAUCUUGUACAAAGCUGUUUGGAUGGUGAUGGGAAAGAGAAAACAAAAGUGUAAAAAAUUAUAUAUUGCUUCAAAUGAAAGAAAAACUGUCUCUCUUAAUUUGAUUUAAGAAUUGGAUAAAUACUGAUGUUUCCAGAUGGUAGGUUAGUAGGUCUUUAAUACAUUUGGAUCUCUGAAGUGUAACAUGGGUGAUGGUGCUGGUUCUAAUAUUAUUUGUUCAUAUCAUAUAAAAAGAGAAUUUUAAUACAAGAUUCUCGUAUGAGAUGAAGUCAAACUGAAAAUGGGCUUUUAAUUUGUGUUGCGACUUCUUGUCACAUUUAUGCAUACAAGAGAAUAGAAAUAUAAGUGGUGAGGAUUUAAUGUAUCGAUUUCCUAUGACAUCCUUAUGUGAAUUGGGAUGUUUGGUACUUGCAGGUCAAUUUUGAUGAGAUUUAUCUGAAAUUGCAUAAUGCUCCGGUGGUUAUGAGAACUUCUAUGGAGAUUAUUUGCUUCAGUUUACGUUUUGAUUCAAUUUCGAAUGUGUUUUCCUUAUUUCUAUGCUUACAAAUAUAAAAAGCAAUUACUUCUUCCCUUAUAUUUACACAUUGCAACAUGACAUAGUCCCUACAUGUACAUCAGUAUACUUCAUUUAUUUCUAACGUAUAUAGUAUUCUCUUGUUUUGUAACCGAUACACAAUAUAGCUUUGUUUGGUACGUCAUCUGAAUUCUUUAGAAUGUCUUAUUACAAUAUUGAAGGUAGCAUAUCUCAAAUGCCUCAUGGAACAGAUUCCUAUCGGUACUUGAUUCAAACAGUUAUCUCAUCACAUUUUGAUGUGUUGUGCUCUUUUUUGUUUUAAGAUGCCUUCUGUGACUUAGAGUGGGAAUAAGGGCAGUUACUGCGGAAUCAUGUAUUAAAGCAUAAAAAUAACCAUCUGGGUCCCUUAACACAAAGGUUAGCAAUUCUCGCUACCCCAAAUAGGAACAAAAAUCUCAUAAUGCGCGAGACAAGAUAAUUUUCACUUCGUCGGGUCGUCAUCACCACUUCCGGAUCAGAGUUAUGCUCGCGCGAGGUUCGCGAUACUGAGUUUUCCACCACGCUGAAAUCGAUGCCAAUCAGCAUAAUAUUUACAGAUUAUAAUACUUUUUAUCUAAUUUGGUCAGUUUUGAUUCCAUUUGAAUUAUAAAUAGAAAUAAAAAAUAUAUUUCACGUGAAAAUGUGAAAGAGAGGGUUGUGAUCACGAACUUUCCGAGCGAAAGCGACGUUGUGUUGUUGUGCAUGACGGCACUGUUGAUCUGAAUGGCAAAACAGUGCAUUGGACUUCCGAUCAGGAAGUUGUAAUACCGAAAAGCUAUCCCAUAAUGCAAUGCGCGUUACAGGGAUUUUCCCGGAUCUUGGCGAAAUCGCUAUUUGGGGUAGCGAGAAUUAAUUGUACACUUGAUUUUCACGAUUGUACAUUGUAGUCAAUGGAAUCAUUGCUAAGUUUUGUGUUACGGGCUCCCGAUUGUGAUUUUCUUUUGCAUGGUCAGCCCCCCCCCCCCACUUUCAAAACUGUUCUGCGGCCCUGAAACGACCUCAGAUUGUUGGUUUUGUUCGCAAACCCAGCAAAUCUCAAAAACUUUAUUUUGAUGGGAAUAAGUUUUAUUGACUUCCAUUAGUAAGAUGUCGGUCUCACUUUGGUCAGGUGAUAAUUUUUCAGGUGUAAUUUUUACUAUCCCUUCAAAAAGGAACAACAUUGCUUACUAAGCGAGCAGUGAAAGUACACCUUGAUAUAUCACUGUCAUUAAAGCUAAGAUUGAUUAACGUAGGUUGAAGGUUAUAAAACAAUAUAUAUAUCUGUCUUCAUACUUGUAUAGGAGACCAUGCAUGUACUAAAAUUUAUUCAAUUUUUUUGGGGAGCAUCCAUGUACUGUUCAUGCCUAUGAAAAAUUGAAUAAGUUUGAAUAUAGCAGUAUUUGAGAUUUCUGAAUCCUCUUAAAGGGCCAUUCAGACAUUUCAUUAGAGAACUUCUUAGAAAUUAUAAGAAGUUAACUGUAAGUAAUGGAUGCACAAAGCAAAGCAAUGUAUAAAAUGACGAUGCAGCAUAUGUGAUAUAUACAGAUAGGAUUUGUUUGUUUCAUAUGUUGAGAUGUACAGAUCAUCAGAUUAUUUUCUGUCUGUCCUUUUAUUUAUUAUUCUUUAAUAGGAGCUAUUCAAUCUUGCUUCAUUGUAAGGAAUUAUACAUGCAUAUCAAUAUUUGAUAUUGGAACAAUGCUAGUAGAAGACACACACAUUAUUUGGGUUUGGAAUGUAACACAAAUCUCUUGUUGAAUACCGGUAGAAACUGUAUCAUAAAAAAAUAAUGAAUAGAACAUGAAAAAAGGUUUGUAUAUUAUUGCUAUGUACAUAUAUCCAUGUAUUGCCAUAACUGAAGAUAUGUGUAGGUUUGAUUAGACCAAUGAUAAUUGAUGUUAUCAAACAUACCAAAAUCCCCAUGGUCUCAGACGCUUCUCAGAAAGAUUAAUGAGCACUUGACCAUGGGGGCUGUACAAAGAUAGUAUUUUGUUAUGUUGAUUUCAUUUCAAUUUUUUAUCGUUUAUUUUUAUCAAGUCUUGCGUCGGUCUUUUCUGUUUAUUUUCUUCGUGUUAUCUUGUGUUGUAUGUCCAAUCCUCUUUGUGGUAAAUAUUUUACCCAAUGUAAACUUGUCAGAGCAGCAUUUACAUUUUCUUGAAAUUUUAUAUUACGAUCUUAGCUUCAAUAUCAAUGCUUGCAUAUGUUAAUAUUAGACGUUCUUGCAAUUUCAUGAUAUUUUCUGAUCAGGUUUAACUAAUACAUGGAUAAUUUCCUAUAUUCUGUGCUUCGUACAAGUUUGGGAAAGUGGCGGAUAUGUAGGUUUACAUUAUGUGCAUUGUUUGAUAUUGAAAAUACAUAGAGGAAUGUAGAGUACAUCAAGGUUUCGUCUAGAUAUUAAUGUAGAAUGUUUAGUUAGAAGUUAUGACCCAAAGACUAUAUUCAAUAUGAGUGGGUAUUAUUUAGCUAUUAUAUGUGAAAUAACAAGCCCUGUUCAUUAUUUUACCCUGUAUAAAACUACAUAUGGGAAUGCCACUAUAUAUUAGCCCAUUUUCAUAUUAUUCAAAGUAAUUGUUUAAAGUAACUAUUAUGGAUAUGAUCCUUUAGUCAAAUUACCCAGGUUGUAUUUACCUAUAUUUGUGGUUUUUAUGUUAAAUACUAUAGAAAGUCUGUAUGGUUUCAUUUUAUUUUGCCUAUAACAUUAUGUUUUCUCUAUUUUAUAAUAAGCACGGAUUGCUUUUGCUUCUUUUCAUGUCUUUGUAAUGUACAUGUGAUAACAUUUGGUAUUCCGUUACAUUUAAUGUUCAUAGGCGGCAUUGUGUAAAGACAAAAAGCCAGAUGUCUAAAUUUUCUUAAGAAACGGUAUGUAUGUAGUUAAUGUAAUAUAAAAAAUAUUAUAAUUAAUGAGAGUUGUGUUAAUGCUCAUCCAAAUGUGUUGAUAGCAUAUAACACAAUGUGUACAAUUAAAUUAAAAAAUGUUAUUCUAUUUAAGUUUAUAUAUAGCAUAAUCCCAAUGAAAAAAAGAAGAUCCCAAUAAGAAUAGACUGAGAUUGAACUUGUGUACAUGUAUGAAGUCUUUAUGGUCUGAAGCAAGCGCAUCACUGUUAACAAUUUCCAUAAUAUUCUUUUCUAAUUUUUCCAUUAUCUCUCACCCUAUGUAGCUGUAGUGUUGUAGUAUUGCCCAUGAAUAUCGUUUAGAAUAAAGCAAUCAAUUCUCUUGUAAAAUUCCAAUAA